GACUCCUAUUAGUUAGAAAACCAAAAAAAAAAACACUCUUUAAGUUGGAGAAGUUUUGAAGGAGAGGAAAAAGCCAAGAGAUGGUGCAUCCUUUGGUUGAUAGAGCCACAAGCGAUAUGCUUAUUGGUCCUGACUGGGCCAUGAACCUUGAGAUAUGUGACAUGCUUAAUCAUGAGCCUGGGCAAUAUAGAGAAGUUGUGAGUGGAGUAAAGAAAAGGCUCGCUAGUAGGACUACCAAGGUUCAGCUUUUGGCUCUUACUUUGCUGGAGACAAUGAUCAACAAUUGUGGGGAACUCAUUCACAUGCAACUUGCUGAAAAGGACAUUCUUCAUAAGAUGGUGAAGAUGGUCAAAAGGAAGCCUAACAUCCAAGUGAAGGAGAAGAUAUUGAUACUUAUAGAUACUUGGCAAGAGAGCUUCUCAGGUCCUCAAGGAAGACAUCCACAAUAUUAUGCCGCAUACCAAGAAUUGUUGCGUGCAGGAAUUGUAUUCCCUCAAAGACCUCCUCAACCCACAGUUAGUUCAGGACAAACUGGUCCCUCGACAAUGUAUAAUCAGAAUGCUCGUAACGCUAGACAAGAAGCUAAUGAUACUUCCACAGAGUCAGAGUUUCCUACUUUGAGUCUGACAGAAAUUCAAAAUGCAAAAGGGAUUAUGGAUGUCUUAGCUGAAAUGUUGAACGCAAUAGAUGAAAACAACAAAGAGGGACUUAAACAAGAGGUUGUUGUAGAUCUUGUUAGCCAAUGUCGCACCUAUAAACAAAGAGUAGUACACCUUGUAAACUCUACAUCAGAUGAAUCGUUGCUUUGCCAAGGCCUAGCCUUAAAUGAUGAUUUGCAACGGUUACUUGCGAAGCACGAAUCCAUCGCUUCUGGAAACCCUACGCCAGAAAAGGGAGAAAAAUCUAAAAAACAAGUUGCUAAGGAGGCAAAUCAGAUCAUAGAUGUUGGAUCAAGCAGUGAAACGAAAGAUGGUAGUAUUGUGGCUGUUGCACCAAAUGGUCCAAAGAUAGAUCUUCUUAGUGGAGAUGACUUUGAGACACCGAAUGGAGAAAACUCACUGGCACUUGUUCCUCUUGGACCUGCACAACCAAGUAGUCCUGUACCAACACCAGAUAACUCCAUGGUCUUAAUCGACAUGUUAUCAGAUAAUAACUGCGAAAGCUCUACUCCAACUUCGAGUCCACACUCGCAUAAUCAGAUGGUGCCACAAAACUACUCAAAUGGAUUUGGACAAGGGUCAUCUGGUCCUGUCUGGAAUCUCCAAAUUACCCAGCAACCAUCUUCUCCUGCAUACGGAAACCAAAACCAACCCUUUUCACCUACCUUUAGCCCGCCCAUCUCACCGCACUAUGGUGGACAAAACAACAAUGUGUUAGCACUACCACCACCACCAUGGGAAGCUCAAUCUCCAAGCUCUAGUCCUCACUACUCUCCUACUCACCCGAUGCAAGUGACUCAAGUUGUCAUCACCACGCACACUCAUCAACCGCUAGGUUACAACCCUCAAGGUGGCUCUCCUCACGCUUUCAACAACAACCCUCAAGGUGGCUCUCCUUAUGCUAUCAACAACAACAAUAAUAACAUGUUCGGUAUGCUUCCCCCUCCAAUGACAGGAGGCCACAUGCAACCCUUAGGCCAUCACAAUCCUGCUGCCAUGUACGGAGGCUAUGGAGGACAGCCUCAGCCACCACAACAGUAUUUUGGAGAACAACAAAUGUACGGAGGCUACGGGGGACAACCUCAGCCACCUCAAGAGCAUCUUGUAGAACAACAAAUGUAUGGAAUGUCACUUCAAGACAAUGGAGCCAACAAUGCCAACCCCUACCAAGUGUCUUCUCAUUCUUCGGGUUUUAAUUAUCAGCAACCAAUGAUGAAACCUGUGAACAAGAAACCAGAGGACAAGUUGUUUGGAGAUCUUGUUGAACUCUCCAAGUCAAAGAAACCUACCGAACGAGCCGGUAGUAUGUAAAACCCCACUGUUUCACCAUUUUUCAUAGAGUUUUCAAUUUUAAUGUUGACUUUAUACAUUUUCUUAGAAAAUAAUUCUGAAAAUUUUCUU